UACACACAACACAAGCAAUUUCUAAUUGUGUGCGUGAAACAGGCACUGCGUCUGCGAACUGUGCAGUGUAUUGAUGUAAACAGUUUGUUGUCAUUUUUAUUUCAGUACGUUUGGAUGAUCGUAACAGGAUCUUACUAGUCGCAACGAUAAAGAUUAUGUGAACAGCUGUUUUGUUAUUUAAUUAAAUGUGAAAUUCAGUGUGGAAAGUUUGUUCCGAUUAUGCACCAGGAUUUGAAAAUAAUUCGUGCUUAAAAGUCUUUGUUUACUAAUUCAUGAGAUACUAACCAGUGGUGUAGCUGCAACGCAGGUACAAUGCCGUCACUGUUAGAAGCCUUAGAGCGCAAAUAUGGCGCCAAGGGCGAAGUAAACCCUCCCAUCGACGAUAUGCCGGUUGCCAUAUUCGUGCCAAAGCGUUCGCCCCGUCUGAGUGUGCCCACGCUAUUGGUGCUGAAUGACUGCGACAUAGAUUGCGCUGGGGACCCGUGCGCCCUCGCCGACAAAUGUGCUGACGUCGUCGAACUAGAUAUUGCUAAUAACAAACUCACUGAAUGGCAAGAGGUCUUCGCUGUUUUGGAGCAAACGCCGCGGGUACGCUUCCUGAAUCUAAGUUUCAACCGCCUCUCAGCGCAAAUCCAGGCGGCCCAAGCUCUCCGACCGCGAUGGGAUAGUCUGAGCCACCUCGUGCUGAACUCCACGUACGUUGGCUGGCCCAGUGUCCACGCCUUGCUCAAAGCUCUGCCAGCUCUCGAAGAGUUGCACUUGAGCCUUAAUGAGUAUUCAUACGUGGACUUGAGUGGGAACGAGGUGAAUGAGAAGGAUCGGUGCGAGGAGUGCUCCCGUCUCAACAUCGAGACCACAGAUACUGUUCAUGAGCAACUGAAGAAGCUCCACUUCUCCGGAAACCCUGUUAGCAGCUGGAGGGAAAUAUCAAAACUGGGUUACGCCUUCCCAAAUUUAGAAACGUUACUGUUAAACGACUGUCCCAUAACCACGUUAGAACCGGACCCGUGUGAGAAAUGUCAGGAUGAUAAUGGGAAUAAGAAGAGUCACGAUGCAUUUCCUCACCUCAGGUUCCUUAACCUGAACAACACCGGGCUGGCCACGUGGGAUGAAGUGGAUCGACUUGCCCGGUUCCCCGCCUUGAAAAGUUUACGGGUACAGGGUUGGCCAUUAUGGGAGCGGUUCGAGUCAACGGAGCACGAGCGACGGUUGCUGCUGGUGGCGCGGCUGCCGCACGUGAGGACCUUGAACGGUGGAGGCGCCGUGCCAGUCGAGGAGAGAGACGCGGCCGAGCGUGCCUUCAUCAGAUACUACAUGGAGAAGCCGGAGUCCGACCGGCCGGAUCGAUAUUGGGAGUUAGUAGGAAUCCACGGCAAACUCGACCCGCUGGUGUCGGUAGACCUGCGACCGGAGAAGCGCGUCCAAAUCACAUUCACUUGCGGUGACAACAGUGAAGUCAGGACCAUCGACGUUUACAGAACUGUCUCCGACCUAAAGACGCGAUUGGAACGGCUAGCCGGCUUCCCUGCUUCGAAGAUGAGGCUCUUCUAUGUUGACCAGGAACUGAGAGAUACGCAGUAUUUUCAGGGACCCGAAGAAAUGAAGUACCCAACGAAGCAGCUGUACUCCUACAAUAUAAGGUCCGGUGAUGAAAUCAUCAUCGAUUCAAAACUGAAACACUCUAUCUCGGCCAAUUCGACUGCGUGAAACCAUUGACACGAUAGAGUUAGAUGCAUUUCUAUAGGGGAAUAAAACAAGGCUGUCUCAUAACUAAAGGCACGUUCACACACAUUCGCAACGCGUCGUUCUUAAUAACGAUAUUUUUCAUAGCUUUAUAAUGAUAAUAAUGGAACGUCAAACGAUGUUCGUAUAAAAACCGUAUUGUGAUUUACCAAAAAACAUUGAAUGUCUAUUUAAAAAUUUUAAAGAUUCUAGAUUCAGCUGUUUCAGUUGUGCAUUGAUAUAUGGGCCAGUCAGACAGUUACUCAGUAUAUCUUUUAUAUAUCUACAUAAUAAAUGUCAUACGAUCACAUUAAUCACCUGGUUCGAGCUAAACCAUACUGUGUUUUGAGAAACCAGAUAUCACACAUCUGACCUGAGCAAGUUAAGAAAUUUAGUCUCAUAAAUUGACGCUACGCUUACGCAUACGCUACUGAGGUCGUUAAUGUAUCAUGUUACGUAUUUAGAAGGUAAACUAGGCCAAUGAUUGACCUACCUAUUGAUAAUGAAAUAUUAACCUUAGGUCAAUUAUAUAACACUGACCUUGAUUGUGUAAGCGUAUAACGGAACGGAACCAUCCUUUGUUUGAUUUGGCUGAAGAGAUCACCAUAGUGAUAAUUAUUUUACAAUAUUUACAAAUUAAUAAUUUAUAAUAAGCCUUUUGUAAUUUGAGUUGAGUGUGCAAUAAAAAAAUAUGCAAUUGUUAAGUAAAAAAUAUAUAACGCCUGCGCUCCUUAAGAAAAAUUGUUGUUUCACAAACAGUAGAUAAGAUUUUUAUACUCGUUACACAAUACUUAUGAAACUGACGGAUUAGUAUUUUAUCAACGCACUUUACGACUUGUAAUAGUAUGAAUUUGUUUCCAUAUAUAGUCAUGCAAAUUUAUGGACCAAUAUAAAAAUUAUAAUUCGUUAUAAAUUACGAUUCGUAAAUAACGAAUAGUCGGUGUGUGAACGUAGCCUAAUUGGACUACGCUGUUUGCUUUGCAAAUGGCAGGUAAAAAAUAACAUGGCCUACAAUGUAUUGUAGAUUGUUUGAAUGAAAUACUAUAAUAAAACUUGAAAUAUUAAUGACA